AUGGCUAUUAAAGUUACUCCAGCCCACUGGGAAGUUCUACUGAAUUUCAUGGAGGCCCACCCCGAUUUUGCUAGAGGGCGAAUUUCUGGACCAAAUGCCAAAUAUAUAAUGAAGAAAUUAUGGUCAGCAUGUGCCACAAAACUAAAUUCAGUAGGAGGUGGAGCCCGAAAAGUUGAUAAGUGGCAGAAAACAUGGACUGAUUUUAAGUACAACCUUAAAAAGAAGGCCUCAGCUCUCAGGCUGGAGCAAACUGCCACAGGCGGAGGCCCACCUAAUAUGACCCCCCUUUCUGAAGUCGAAUUAAAAAUUUUGGGUAUAUUGGGACAAACUUUUUAUGAAGGUUUAAUAGAGUCAGAGAUUAUACUUCAAAACUCACCAGAGCCCAUGAGUUUGAAUACGCCAAAUGAAGAAAUAGAUACCAAUUUAAUUGGAGAAUGUGGUGCGGUUAAAGAAUGUUCCAAGACGGGUACAAUUCAAAGGACACCCAUAAAGAGGUUUUCCGACCAUGAUUAUGUUAAAUUACCUCAGGGUACACGUCCCAAAAAAAUGAAAACAACUGAAACAGAAAGGAGACGCUAUCUAAGUUAA